CCAGCGCGCCUUUCAUGUCUCAUCAGAACUAAUCAAGUAAAUGAACACGAAUUUAUAGCCCACCCGCAUUUGAGCACAGCCAACCGCAAGACUGGCAGACACCUUCACCAGCACCGACCGCAGCCAGCACACACAUACAUGCAUACAUAUAUCAACGAGUACAGCAACAACAGCAACAACAAUAGCAAGUUCGAGAAGAACAACUACAUUUUUGCUGGUGGCAGGGCAUUCAUGCGUCAAUUGCAUGUUUCACUUAACGGCACUUCGUGAUUGCAAGCUGAGUCCUCAGUGGCAGCAGCAGCGCUGUCAGCGCCGGCAGCGGCAGCAGCAACAGCAGCAACAGCAGCAGCGUCAUCAGAAAACGCAAUCGAAAUAAGCACAGAACAAACUCAGCACUAAAUUUAAUUUUCGCAUUACUCAUACGCCGUGUAAUUCAGUUUAGAGUAUUUGCACAAGGAAAUGACAGGAACGGCAACAGCAACAACAAAAGCAGCAACGACAACAACUACAACUGGUGCAGCUAAGGCAACUUCAAUAGCGCCCCCAACUUCAAGUAUGGCCUUGCCGAGCAUGGCUAGGUUGGUGCUACAACAAAUCACAGCGCCACAAGCGACAGCGACAAUAAUACCAACAACAACAACCACAAGCAAAACAACAUCAGCCACAACAACAGCAACAGCAACAGCCAUAGCAAUCGGAACAACACCAACAAACGAUGCACCGCUUUUCGAAGUGAAAUUGGAGCUGACGGAAACGGAAAUACGUUUUUCGCCUGGCUUUGAUGCAAGUGUGGAAAAUAAUUUUCAACAAAUUGUCGAGCAGCUGUUGCUGGAUAUAAAACAGACAUGCGACUGCAUGCCAAGAAUUGUGUCUGACAACUCGCUGUCUGACGACGACGACGACGACGUGGAGGAUGACGCUGAGAGCGAGGCUGCAGCCGAUGAGUUGGAAAUGCUUUGCGCCAGCAUACGCGACGCCUUGAGUGAAACGGUGCAGGCGGCGCUAAAUUAUGCUGCCAAAUUCCACGCCUAUGCGUUCCUUUGGACCCAGCAGAGCGGCGACGUACUGGCUUCCUGCAUGCAGGCCGCCCGCGAACAGACGACCCACAUCAGCGGCAGUGGCUAUGCCAUCAUGGAGACGUUCAAAAAGGAGAUCGAGCGCUACAACGAGCUGCACGAUGCGAUUGACCAAUGCGAGGAUGGGCACUGCCUGAACGGCUGGCUGGCCCUCGAUGUGAGGCCGCUCAAGCACGGCCUGCUCAACCUGGCCUGCAAGUGGUCGCACCUGCACAAGCAAUGGCUGCUGCGCUACGUACAGAAGACGCUGCAGGAGCUAAACGGUUUCAUUGCGCUCAGCCACGAGACACUGCAGCUGCACAUCGGACGGCAGGACUUUAAGGCGCUGCUCCGAGUGCUGUCCGUCAUGGCGGAGAUACGAGAGCGGGAGCCGUAUGCGGACAAUGUGUUUAAGCCGCUUAAGGACAUCGUGGCGCUCUUAAAGACCUACAACGUGGAGUUCGAGCCGCAGCUGGUGCGCAACAUUGAGCAGCUGCCGAUGCAGUGGCAGCAGCUGAAGCAACAAGCUCUGGCCAAACACGAGGCUCUCCAGGACACACGCUACUACCAACAGCAGCGCGUAACGGCACUCAUUGGCCUGCAUACGUGCCACGUGCAACAUUUUGCCAAACAGUUCCAGCGCAUGCCGUUCUUCUGUGUGCCCUGUCCACAAAUUUACGAUGCCUGCGACCAGGUUUACGUGCGUCUCCAUCGCUUUGGCAGCCAGCAGCGGCGGUACGCACGCUGGGCCCGGCUGCUCGAUAUAGCCGAGCCCGACACGGCCACGCUGGAGCACUGCCGGACGGAGUUGCGGCGCGUAAAGCAAUUGUGGGACUUUGUGCGCGUCAUCGAAUCCUGCAUUGUUGACUGGCAUGCAACACCUUGGCUACACAUCGACACGGACGACGUGGAGCACGAGUGCAAGAAGUUCACGCGCGAUUUGCGCACACUUGACAAGUGCAUCAGGGACUGGGCCCCCUAUGUUUAUAUUGUGGGCGUGUUGCGCGAACUGGUUGCCUCGCUGCGAGCGGUGACCGAGCUCCAAAAUCCAGCAAUUACCGAGCGCCAUUGGCUAGAGCUGAUGAAGUUGUCAAAGCUGAAUGGACUGCACGAUAUGGAUGAAUUGCUUUCAUACAAGUGCAAUGCGUCAACAACUCUGGCGCAGCUGCUGAGCCUGCAGCUGCAUCAGCACGAGGAGGACAUUAAGAACACUGUGGAUCGUGCCAUCAAAGAGAUGACGGUCACCAAGGUGCUGGACGACAUUAAGGCCACAUGGGCGCAUCUGGAGUUCGAAUUGGAGGUGCAUCGCUCACGGCCAACGGUGCAGCUGCUCAAGGUCUCCGAGGAGCUGAUCGAAACGCUCGACGAUAAUCAAAUGCAGCUGCAAAAUAUUUCCACCUCAAAGCACAUUGAGUACCUGCUGGACAAGCUGAGCUACUGGCAGCGUGUGCUGAGCGGCAUUGACAACCUCAUUGUGAACUGGUUUGAGGUGCAGCGGAAGUGGAUCUAUCUGGAGUGCAUCUUCAUUGGCUCAGCGGACAUUCGCUCCCAGCUGCCCGUGGACGCGGCCAACUUUGAGCGCAUCGACGAGGACUUCACCAAUCUGCUGGCACGCGUUACAGCCGUGCGGGUGGUGAUGGAAGUGGUGCUGGGGCACGAGGAUGUGCUGCAGCAGUUGCUGGAGCUGCAGAAGCGUCUGUCGGUUUGCGAGAAGGCGCUGAACGACUAUUUGGAGACGAAGCGCUUGGCCUUUCCACGCUUCUACUUCAUAUCGUCCGCCGAUCUGCUGGACAUACUCUCCAACGGCAACAACCCGCAGGUCAUCGAUCGUCAUCUCAUCAAGCUCUUCGACUCCAUACUGCGCCUGCAGUACGAGACGAACACCACGCACGCCGUGGGCAUGCACUCCAAGGAGAACGACGAGUAUGUCGCCUUCGUGAGCAACCAGCAGCGGGAGCAAUCGGCGUACAUUGACUGCUGCGGCCGGGUGGAGCUCUGGCUGAACGCAGUCAUCCAACAGAUGCGCAGCACGCUCCAUGAGCUCUUCCGACGCGCUCUGGGCGCGUUCUGGGAGAAGUCGCGCGACUUGUGGCUCUACGAUUGGCCGGCACAGGUGGCGCUCUGCUGCAGCCAGAUCAACUGGACGGCGGACGUGAAUCGCUCGUUCGCCAGCAUGGAGGAGGGCUACGAGGGCGCCAUGAAGGAGCUGCACAAGCGGCAGAUAGCCCAGCUGAAUGCCCUAAUCAAUUUACUAUUGGGCGAACUCUCUGCCGGCGACCGACAGAAGAUUAUGACCAUCUGCACCAUCGACGUGCACUCGCGCGAUGUCAUUGCCAAGAUCAUUGCCACGCGAGUGGACAACUCGUUGGCCUUCCAGUGGCAGAGCCAGCUCCGGCAUCGCUGGGACGACGAUCUGUCGGGCAGCUCCAGCGGCUGCGCCACCUCGGCAACCACAGUCAGCACCAGCGGCGCCGACGAGGACUGCUUUGCCAACAUCUGCGAUGCCGAGUUCCGCUAUGCCUAUGAAUACUUGGGCAACACCUCGCGGCUGGUGAUAACGCCUCUAACGGAUCGAUGCUACAUCACGCUGACACAGUCGCUGCAUCUGGUGAUGGGAGGAGCGCCAGCUGGACCGGCGGGCACAGGCAAAACGGAAACAACGAAAGACCUGGGCCGUGCACUGGGCGUAAUGGUUUAUGUCUUCAACUGUUCGGAGCAAAUGGACUACAAAUCUUGCGGCAACAUUUACAAAGGUCUCGCCCAGACCGGCGCAUGGGGCUGCUUUGACGAGUUCAAUCGCAUCUGCGUGGAGGUGCUCUCCGUGGUGGCCGUUCAAGUGAAGACUAUACAGGAGGCGAUAAGGAUGCAUAAAACCCAAUUUAUCUUUAUGGGCGAGCGCAUCUCGCUGGAGCCGUCGGUUGGCAUUUUUAUCACCAUGAAUCCCGGCUACGCUGGCCGCACCGAGCUGCCGGAAAACCUGAAAACAUUGUUUCGCCCAUGCGCCAUGAUUGUGCCGGACUUUGCUUUGAUUUGUGAGAUUAUGUUAAUGGCCGAGGGCUUCCAGGAUGCACGUCUGCUGGCACGCAAAUUUAUCACACUGUACACGCUGUGCAAGGAGCUGCUGUCCAAGCAGGAUCACUACGACUGGGGACUGCGCGCCAUCAAAUCGGUGCUGGUUGUGGCCGGCACAUUAAAGCGCGAUGACCACAGCCGGCCAGAGGAUCAGGUGCUAAUGCGCGCCCUGCGUGACUUCAACAUACCCAAGAUAGUCACCGAGGAUGUGUCCAUAUUUAUGGGCCUGAUAGGCGACCUCUUCCCAGCGCUCGAUGUGCCGCGCAAGCGCAUGUUCGAAUUCGAGAAGACCAUUCGCCGUGCGGUCAAUGAAAUUAAGCUGCAGCCCGAGGAGGGCUUCCUCAUGAAGGUGGUGCAGCUGCAGGAGCUGCUCGAUGUGCGCCACUCGGUGUUCAUUGUGGGCGAUGCUGGCACCGGCAAAACCAAAAUUUGGCAAACUCUGCGCGAAACGUAUCGCAUACAGAAACUGAAGCCAGUCUGCCAUAUCCUCAAUCCCAAGGCGCUGUCCAACGACGAGCUGUUCGGCAUCGUGAAUCCCACCACGCGCGAGUGGAAGGACGGCCUCUUCUCCUCAAUAAUGCGCGAGCAGGCCAAUAUGCCACCGGGUAACCCCAAGUGGAUAGUGCUCGACGGCGACAUUGAUCCAAUGUGGAUCGAAAGCCUCAACACGCUGAUGGACGACAACAAGAUCCUGACGCUGGCCAGCAACGAACGCAUUUCGCUGAGGCGCGAGAUGCGUCUGCUGUUCGAGGUGGGCCACCUCAAGGCGGCCACACCGGCCACAGUCUCCAGGGCAGGCAUCUUGUAUAUCAAUCCGCAGGACUUGGGCUGGUCACCCUUUGUCUCGUCCUGGCUGGAGACGCGUGCGAAUAUGAUCGAGCGGGGCAUACUCACGACGCUCUUCGAAAAAUACUUUCCCAGCCUGAUGCAGAGGCAGCGGGACUUUCGUCGCAUCACGCCCAUCACGAACAUGGCCAUGAUUCAAAUGACGUGUCACCUGCUCGAGUGCUUGCUGGACAGCGACCCAGUUGAGGAUGACGCUGCGCACGGGGGCGACAAGCAUUUGGGUGUCAAUGCACACAGCCAACACCAGGGCGAGCUAUCGCAUGAGUCCGUCGAGCUGGCGUUAGAAACCAUCUUUGUGUAUGUUACGCUUUGGAGCUUCGGCUCGGCACUGCAUCAGGACACGAUUGUGGACUGGCAGCGCGAGUUUCACAAGUGGUGGGCGGGCGAGUUCAAGGAUGUCAAGCUGCCCAGUCAGGGCACCAUAUUUGACUAUCAGCUUAAUGUGCAAACACUGAAGUUCCAGCGCUGGUCAGAGCUGGCCGCUCAGGAGCAGCUCGAGUGUCAAAUCGAUGCCGAGCAGCCGUUGCAGAACGUGCUCAUUUCAACUGCAGAGACCACACGUCUGGGCUACUUCCUCAAGCUGCUUAUCGACCGCAAUCUGGCCUGCAUGCUGGUGGGCAGCUCCGGCUGCGGCAAGGGUGCCAUCUUCCGUGAGCUCUUCAGCAAAUAUGCCAGCGCACAGGAGCUGCUUGAAAUUGCCGUGACAGCUGUCAGCGGCAGUCAGCAACAGACGCCGGCCGUUGCAGCCAAUCCUGCUAGCGUUGGCGUUGGCGUUGGCGUUGGCGUGCGUCGGAAGCUGUCCUCGUCGACACCAUUGCUGACCACAGUGCAGGCGACACACUUUAACUUCUACACCUCAUCGGAGAUGUUCCAGAAGAUGCUGGAUCGGCCGCUGGAGAAGAAGUCGGGGCGCUGCUUUGCGCCGAGCGGGCCGAAGCGCCGACUGAUCUACUUCGUCAACGACCUGAACAUGCCCGAGGUGGACGCCUAUGGCACCGUGCAGCCGCACACCAUAAUGCGCCAGUUCAUGGACUACAGGCAGUGGUACGAUCGCCAGAGGCUUCAGCUGAAGGACAUACGGCAUUGCCAGUUUGCGGCUUGCAUGAAUCCGACUGCCGGCUCCUUCACCAUCGACCCGCGGCUGCAGCGCCACUUUUGUGUGUUCUCGGUGGCUCAGCCCAGCGAGGAGACGCUGCACCACAUUUACAGCAGCAUCCUGAACAGCCACCUGGAGCAGCCGGCGCUGGGCUUCAACAAGGAGAUCCGCUCCAUUGGCAAUCUCCUGGUGCAGGUGGGCAUCGCGCUGCACCGUCGCGUCGAGUACGCCUUCCUGCCCACGGCCAUUAAGUUCCACUACAUCUUCAAUCUGCGCGACCUGACCAACAUCUACCAGGGCGUGAUGCACAGCGUGGGUGCCCCAAUCUCCGCAGGUGGUGCAGCCAGCAGCUACAGCGGCACAGUCUGCAGCAAGCCCGCCGAGCUGAUGCGCCUCUACGUGCAUGAGGCGUUUCGCGUCUACCACGAUCGCCUGGUCGAUCAGUACGACAUCAAGUCAUUCAAGUCCUCCAUUCGGGACAUAUUCAAGAAGGAUUUCGAGGACUUUGACGAGGACUUUGUGUUUGCGGAGCCACUGAUCUACAGCCACUUUGCCCAGUCGCUGGUGGACCAGAAGUACAUGCCGCUCAAGAGCUGGGACUCGCUCUACCAGCUGCUGCUGGAGGCGCAGGCCAGCUACAACGAAAUUGUGGGCUACAUGAACUUGGUGCUAUUCGAGGAUGCCAUGAUACACAUAUGUCGCAUCAAUCGCAUCCUGGAGAGUCCACGUGGCAAUGCCCUGCUGAUUGGUGUUGGCGGCUCUGGCAAGCAGACGCUGGCGCGCCUGGCCGCAUUCAUCUCCUCGCUGAGCGUGUCGCAAGUGCAAAUCAAACGCGGCUUUGGGCUGCUCGACAUGCGGGACGAGAUUGCAGCACUGUACAUGAAGGUGGGACUCAAGAAUGUGGCGUCGGUUUUUCUCAUCUCCGAUGCGCAGCUGCCCGAUGAGUCGAUACUGAUGCUGAUCAACGAUCUGCUGGCCUCCGGCGAAAUACCCGAGCUCUUCAAUGACGAUCAGUUGGAUACGAUCGUCAAUGGCAUACGCAACGAGGUGAAGCAGAGCGGCACCUUGGACACCAAGGAGAAUUGCUGGCGUUAUUUUGUGGAGAAGGUGCGACGGCUGCUCAAAAUCGUGCUCUGCUUCUCCCCGGUGGGGCAAACGCUGCGCAUACGUGCCAGAAAAUUUCCGGCCAUAAUUAGCCGCACGGCCAUUAACUGGUUUCACGAGUGGCCCCGCAGUGCACUGGAAUCGGUGUCCCAAAAGUUUCUCACCGAAAUCGGUGACAUAUUGGAGCCCGAACUCGUGCCGCCCAUCGCCUGCUUUAUGGCCUACGUCCACGGUACUGUGAAUCAGAUAUCGAAAAUUUAUCUGCAGAAUGAAAAACGCUACAACUACACCACACCGAAAACCUUUCUCGAAUACAUUUUCCUCUACCGCAAACUGUUGGUCGACAAAAACGGCGAGUUCGCCGAGCGCAUCGGCCGGCUGCAGAGCGGCAUGGCCAAGCUGGCCGAAUGCGCGCGUCAAGUGGACACCCUGAAGCACCAACUGGCCAUACAAGAAGUUCAGCUGGCGGCCAAGAAUGCUGCGGCCGACAAGCUGAUCGUCAUUGUCAGCGCCGAGAGCGAGAAGGUGAAACGUGAACGCUUCAUAGCCUCAGAGGAGGAGAAACGCGUUCGCAUCAUCGAGGAGGAUGUCUCCAUCAAGACCAAGCUCUGUGAGCAGGAUCUGCGACAGGCUGAGCCAGCUCUAGUGGCCGCACAGGCGGCGCUCAACACCCUGAACAAGAACAACCUGACCGAGCUCAAGUCCUUCGGAUCGCCGCCCAAGGGCGUGAUCAACGUCUGUUCUGCUGUCAUGGUGCUGCUGGCCACGAAUGGCAAGAUACCGCGCGAUCGCAGCUGGAAGGCAGCCAAGCUGAUGAUGGUGCGUGUGGAUCAGUUUCUCAGCGACCUGCUCAACUACAACAAGGACAACAUACAUCCGAAUAUAAUCGAAACCCUGCAGGAAUACCUAAAGGAUCCCGAGUUUAAUCCAGACAAAGUUGUGCAAAAGUCUGUGGCAGCUGCUGGGCUCUGUGCAUGGGUCAUCAAUCUGCAUCGCUAUCAUCAGGUCUUUCUCAUCGUUGGCCCCAAGCAGCAGGCCCUGCAGGAUGCCCAGCAGGAGCUGCUCGAGGCGCGCGAGCGACUGCAGUACCUCAAGACGAAAAUCAACAACUUGGAGGACAAGCUGGCCGACAUUCAGGCGGAGUUCGAGCACGCUGUCGCCGAAAAGCAAAAGUGCCAACGGGAGGCGGACAAGACGUCCUUUACCAUCGAUCUGGCCCACAGGCUGGUCAAUGGACUGGCCAACGAGAAUGUCCGCUGGCGCGAGUCUGUGCAGAGCUUGCAGGCAAAGAUUGGCACUCUACCUGGGGAUAUAUUGCUAAUUUCCUCGUUCCUGUCGUACGUGGGCUGCUUUACGCGUCGCUAUCGCGAGGAGCUGCAGCACAAGAUGUGGCUGCCGAGCUUUUGCAAGAUGGACCCCCAGAUACCGCACACGCAGGGCGUCGACCCACUGGCGCUGCUGUCGGACGACGCACAAAUUGCCACCUGGAAUAAUGAGGGAUUGCCCAUGGACGGCAUGUCCACAGAGAAUGCAACAAUACUGCAGCACUCAACGCGCUGGCCACUGAUGAUUGAUCCCCAGCUUCAGGGCAUCAAGUGGAUCAAGAGCCGCUUUGGAGCCGCCCUGGUGGUGCUGCGUAUGACGCAGCGUGGCUUUCUGGAGGCACUGGAGAAGUCCAUCUCGCGCGGCGACACAGUGCUCAUCGAGCAAAUUGAGGAGUCCAUGGACACUGUACUCGAGCCCCUGCUGAGCCGCGCGCUAAUCAAAAAGGGUCGAUAUCUGCGCAUUGGCGAACGGGAAAUGGAGUUCAAUCCGAAUUUCCGUCUCAUAUUGCACACGAAGCUCGCCAAUCCGCACUACAAGCCGGAAAUGCAGGCGCAAACGACGCUGAUUAACUUCACGGUGACGCCGGAUGGACUGGAGGAGCAGCUGCUGGCGGAAGUGGUAAAGAUUGAGCGCCCAGAUCUGGAGCAGAUGAAGACCGAGGUGACGAUUCAGCAAAAUAUGUUUAAAAUCUCGCUGAAGGCGCUCGAGGACGAGCUGCUGGCCAGGCUGGCCUCCGCCGGCGAGAACGUGCUCGAGGACCACGCGCUGGUGCUCAACUUGGAGAACACCAAACGUACAGUGGACGAAAUCGAGUCCAAGGUGCGAGAGGCUCACCUAACCACGCUCCAGAUCGACGAGACCCGAAACAUUUACCGCGCAGCCGCCAAGCGGGCGGCCAUUUUGUACUUUGUGCUGACGGAUCUGAAUCGCAUCAAUCCCAUAUACAAGUUCUCCCUGAAGUCGUUCAUGAACGUCUUCCGGCAGGCCAUAGCCGUGGCGCCAGCAUCCAAGACCUAUGAGAAGCGCGUGCUCCACUUGGUCGACUCGAUCACGCUGCAGACGUACCGCUAUACGCUGCGCGGCCUCUUCGAGGCGGACAAGCUGACGUUCAGCUCGCACCUGACGCUGCGCAUCAUGAUCGCCGCCGAGCAGGUGGCCAAGGAUGAGACCGACUUUCUGCUGCGCUAUCCGCACGACCCCAACACGCUAUCGCCGUUGGACUUUGUGGGUCGCAGUGCCUGGGGCGGCAUCAAGUCGCUGGCGCUCGUCGAGCACUUCUAUGGCAUCGACAAGGACAUGGAGAACUACACCAAGCGCUGGCGCAAAUUCGUGGCCAGCGAUACGCCCGAGCGGGAACAGUUCCCGGGCGAGUGGAAGCAUCGCACCCCACUGCAGAAGCUGUGCAUUAUCAGAGCCCUGCGGCCCGACCGCAUGACCUAUGCCAUGGCCCAGUUUGUGGAGCAGACGAUGGGGCGAGCCUAUGCCGAGGUGCAGACGCCGCCGUUUGGGGCCAUCUUCAAGGAGCUGAACGCUGCCACGCCCGCCUUCUUUAUACUGUCGCCGGGCGUGGAUCCCAUACGCGAUGUGGAGCGCCAUGGGCAGCUGCAGGGCUUCCAUGCGGAUGCCGGAACUCUGGUGAAUAUAUCCUUGGGCCAGGGGCAGGAGCUGCUGGCCGAGGCAGCCAUGGAGCAGGCACUGGCCACCGGCCAACAAUGGGUGAUACUCCAAAACAUUCAUCUGGUGGUGAACUGGUUGCCCACCCUAGAGAAGCUAAUCGAGCGCAUUGUGCUGCAGUCCGAAUCUCAGGGGGAUUCGAAUUUUCGCUUGUUCAUUAGCGCCGAGCCAGCUCCAGAUCCGCAAUACCAUGUCAUACCCCAGGGCAUUUUGGAGUCCUCCCUCAAGGUGGUGAAUGAGCCGCCCGCUGGCAUGGCCGCCAACCUGCACAAGGCCUGGGACAACUUCACGCAGGAGACGCUGGAAACGUGCACCCAGGAGGCGGAGUUCAAGUCAAUACUCUUUGCCCUCUGUUACUUCCAUGCGGUGGCCGGCGAGCGGCGUAAGUUUGGACCCCAGGGCUGGAACAAGGUGUACCCCUUCAACAUCGGCGACCUGACCAUCUCGGCCAGCGUGCUGCACAACUACCUGGAGGGCAGCAGUCGCAUUCCGUGGGAGGAUCUGCGUUACCUUUUCGGCGAGAUCAUGUACGGCGGCCACAUAACCGACGACUGGGACAGACGGCUCUGCCAGACAUUCUUGGAGGAGCUGCUGCAGCAGGAUCUCAUCGAUGGCGACUUUGAGCUCUGCCCCGGCUUCCCAGCGCCGCCCAAUCUGGAAUUCGAGGGCUACCACGACUACAUCACCGAAAUGCUGCCCGAUGAGUCACCGCUGCUCUAUGGCCUGCAUCCCAAUGCCGAAAUCGGAUUCCUCACCAGCGCCUCGGAGCAGCUGCUGCGCACCAUCUUUGAGCUGCAGCCGCGCGAGUCAGAGCUGAGCUCGCAUUGUGGCGCACGGCGCGAGGAGCUGGUCAAGAUCAUGAUCGACGACUUCCUCGACAAGCUGCAGGACGAGUUCAAUCUGCAGGCCCUGCUCAACCGCGUGGAGCGCAAGACGCCCUUUGUGGUGGUCGCCCUGCAGGAGUGCGAGCGCAUGAAUGCGCUCAUUCGCGAAAUCAAGCGCUCGCUGCGUGAGCUGAUGCUGGGGCUGAAGGGGGAGCUGACCAUCACGCAGGAGAUGGAACGGCUGGACUAUGCCAUCUUCUAUGAUCACGUGCCGACGGCCUGGGCCCAGCUGGCCUACCCCAGCAUGCUGGGCCUGCAGGGCUGGUUCGCUGACCUGCUGCAUCGCAUCAAGGAGCUGGCCGGCUGGCUGAACGACUUCAAGCUGCCCUGCGUCAUCUGGCUGGGCGGGCUCUUCAAUCCCCAGAGCUUCCUCACGGCCAUCAUGCAGGAGAGCGCGCGCAAGCAUGAUCUGCCCCUGGACCGCAUGCUGAUCAGCUGCGACGUCACCAAGAAGCAGAAGGACGACGUCACAUUACCCCCCAUAGAGGGCGCCUUUGUGCACGAGCUCUAUUUGGACGGCGCCAGCUGGGACUGCCAGCUAAACUCUAUUGUGGCCCUGCACCCCAAGGAGCUGCUCUGCGCCAUGCCCGUCAUCUACAUCAAGUCCAUUGUCCAGGAGAAACAAGAGCUGCAGCGCGUCUAUGAGUGUCCGCUGUACAAGACCAGGUCGCGUGGCAACACCUACGUAUGGACGCUCAAUCUGAAAACACGCGACCGUCCAGCCAAGUGGAUCUUAGCAGGAGUCGCCCUUUUGUUGCAGCCAUAAAGCAUUAUUGAACCACCCAUUGUUCACCUCGUCAUUCUCGU